AUGGCUCCCAUUUUCGCAAAGCGACUAACUUGCUUCUAUUGCGGAAGACGGGCUGCUCAGACUGAGAAAGGGCCUAUCCGCAAAUGGCGAUGCAACGCUUGUGAAGCAAUAAAUUAUUUGGAUGAAAAAGGACAAAUCACGGACCCCCCUGCUGCAGAUACUAACCCUAACGUAUAUGGCCCCGACGCACCGGGCACCCCUUUCGAGUCGGCCGAUUUUACAGGAACCCGCUUGUUUUGCGCGCAAUGUAUCCGAAAUCAGCAUUUAUUCACGAGUGCUCUGGCCGCGUAUUUCCCGCCAGCCGACGACCCGAACUAUGGUGCAUACGAACAAGAAUACCCAAAGUUCCGGAAGAACCUGGAGGAGCGGUAUCCGCAGGUAUGCGCCAAGUGUGAGCCCAGAGUGAAAGAGCGCAUCCGCCAGGCUGGUUACGAGGCCAAAUCAGACCACCUGAGACGUAUGAUGGACCGAAGCAAAGCGGGAAGGGCAGCAAGACAUGCGCGUAGAUGGAACUGGAGAAGCUUGUUGCUCUUUGCUGGCGCUAUAAGUUACUGGGCUAGUGUUGCUGGUCAACUUUCCUGGAAUCUAUUGGGCGCUUUGGCUGCCGAUGAAUCACUACUGUACCCGGAUGAUCCCCUAGUGCCACCAUCAUUCAUAUCAUGUGUCAAUUCAACAUUGCGGACGCGUCGAGUGCCAAGUUGUUGCUCAGUUGACUUGGCACCUUAUGCCGGCCUGGCUCUUGUAGCUGGUAUCCUUUCUGCCUGGUAUAACCCGAAAUUGCGACUCAAGCUCGAAGGGAGAGCUGGUCGCUUUGUCGGACUAGGAGAAUACUACCAAGUUCAACUUAUUGUUAUGGUGGUGCGAUGUGUCUUCUGGGCCUUACUUAGAGACCCUUCGUCAAGUGGUCUACAAUCACAUAUUCCGCCGACUUUGCAUGCGUUCAUGUUGAUUUUCACCGCUUCGUCUGUGCUAUUUUCUCGGCGCAUUGCACAGUACGACACUCGUCCCUUAGUAGUAAAUUGGACCGAGAAUACCCCGGCUCGUAGACGCGAAGAGUCCCCGGUGCAGCCUACUGGAAGCAAACAACUUUUCACAAGUCCGAACGAAAGAUUUCAACAAAGCACAUCGCGCUUUCCUCUCGAGAAGCUAGCGACCCCCCGGCCUGCUCCUGAGGAGCCAGCUUUUCCCACCCCUCCACCGGAAGGGGAUGAUGAUAUGGACUGGACCCCUUCUGUACAGCAUAAUAUAACACCGACUGUUAGCGUGCAUCAGAGAGAGCGAACUUCUGUUCUUGACGGACCUUUGCCCUUCUAUGGAUCUUUACCGGCCGCUCCUAAACCUCCGUCAUGGAACCUGCGUAAUCAGAUUGCUCAGCGCCAGAAGCCCAUCGAACAGGUUGUUGAACGCAACCCAUUUCGCCGUACUCCAACUCAGUCAUCCAGCUCAUGGAUGCGGAACAAUGGCCACUCAGAUACUGCAUUUGCGCCUCCGAAGUUCUUCCCCAUGAGUGAUCAUGUUGCCUCAACUGGGCUAGAGAGUUUGUUCGAUAAGACUUUCACCAUCAAGUCACCGGAGGAUGAGGGCCACGGCUCAUGGCAGUCGCAGCAGCAGGCGAACAGCGCACGCCCCCAGAAUGCUCUUGAUUUGCAUAUUUACUUUGUUUUCCAGUAUCUCCGACUGGGAUUACUCCUGUCCUCUAUCGCUGCUUGGCUCAUCUCACAGUAUGGCCAUAUCUCUCUACCCGGCGAUUACAUUGAAGUAGCCUCCUUGGGUAGUGCUAGUCUUAUAGCCGGAUUUGCGCUACUGGAAGCCUUGAAACAACCGCUCGCUCAGUGGAACGGCAUGGAGAUACUUGUUUAUUUUGCGGAGCUCGUGGCGGCAGUCCACCUUGGAGGAAAUCUCCCGCAGCUUUCCUACGAGAGACACUACUUUGACAGAUAUGGGAAGCUCCUUCUGAUAUUCAUGACUGUUCAGGAAGCCUUAAACUUACUUUCCCUCUAUCGCUUUUCUUCGGCCAUCAGCACUGGUCAAGAACUGCAAGCGAACCAACCCCAGUCACCAAGUGCCGACCUUCCUAGCAACUCUUCCAGGCUUGAGAAUAACAACCGUCAAGAGCUUCAGUCAUUUGUCUCGCAGUCAUCUGUACCCCCACUUUCUUUCUCCUCGACCGUUGCUGGGUCUAGCUUUUCGGCCGAAACGCCUGGGACUCGGCGCCAUCAUCCCUUUCCAUCGUAUGACGGUGGCCACAGCGACUAUAGUUUCAGCUUAAAAAGCCUGAAGGGCGAAGAAUCUGACGUGUCAGAUCCACUAGACUGUGACUCUGACACCGAAACUACAGUGACAACAGCUACUACAGCCACGAAUAAUACAAUCCGAAAUAUUCGCUAUGGACGAAACAGCAGCGACGCCUUUUUCUCACCAAAACGGUCUGAACUUGGACCGGGUAUUGGUGGUCUCAGUCUUGAUGAUGAACCUUCUCGGCGGAUGACCCGGAGUCAGACUCAGAAGCUUCGGAGGUUCCCGGGACGGGGACUUAGAUAG